UGCACAGAUAUAAAAGGACAGAUGUAUGGAUAAAUAUACUGUAUAACAACUUGGGACAACAUUUUGGACCAAACAGACUGAAGCUUCUUUAAAAAUGAAGAGGGUACUGAUUCUAGUGGCUUUUCUGCUGGCCACUUCUCAUGCAGUUCCUGUGCACCCAGAGGAGAGGGCUAACGAACAACCAACUCCAGAGCACCUAGAGGCCCCUGAGAUGCUCCAGCCCCAGGCACAGGCCGCAUAUGGCAACAGCAUCUACUACCCUGUCCCCCCAGCAGAUGCACUUCUGGGCAUGAACAGCUUCCAGGGCAUGAACAGCUUCCAGAGCCUGAACGGCCUCACCAACCCAUAUGGCUAUGGUCUGCCGUAUGGCUACGGUUAUUCUGGUUUUGGUUACCCUGGUUAUGGCAACUAUGGUUAUGGUAACCCCUAUGGUUCCCUUUACAAUCCCUAUGGCAACAGCCGCCUCUAUUCCGGCUACUCCUACCCACCUAUCAUCAUCACCUUACCCAAGCAACAGGCCACUAGGGGUGCCUGACCACCUGAACCCCAUGUAAAUGCUGGGAGGGUGUACUGUAUGCCAACAGUCAAGAGUAAACAUUUCUCACAUUUUAUAAAAGGUGAGAC